CUGUCUGGAGUUCAGAGGUGACAUUGUUCCACAGGUGCCACAAAAGAGAAGAGCCACUUACUAGGUCCUGCUAGAUGCCUUUGCUUCACUGAAAGAACCCGGGACAUGCCCACCCUUCCUACAGAUCCGGUCGUGCGGGCAGAAACCACAAGUCGCCUGACUCCUUGUUUUGCAGGGUUUUAAAAGUGACAAACUGUACACGGGAUUACAUGGUGGACCAGAUGAAGCUUCUAAAUGUCUAUGGAGAUUCUCCAUCAUCCAGCGCAGAGCUGAGGAGAUAUGUGAUGGGAACCCCCGGAUACCUGACUGAUUCCUAGCCACAAGAGGAAACCUUUCAACUCAAAGCCACCAGGAGUCCUAAAACCUUGAGGUCUCGAGGUGGCUCAGGGUGCCAAGAACUGAGAAAAAGAACAGGACUGCAUUUUAGAACGAGAAGGUGACCAGGGAGGAGGGAAGCUGAACAAAUUACCAGGCUGAGCUCCAUUCUUUAAAUUAGGUCGUAACCUCUCAUAACCUGGCCUGUCUGAAUAAACGGAAACAUUCGCCUACUUUGAAUGACUGUGGAUGUUUUCCAGAGAACAUAGCAGCAUUUUCUUUAUUCCCCUCUAAGGCUUCCCAGCGUGGCUGCAUCAGAUAUUCCUGCAGGAAGCAUGUCAGAUGCCACAAUGUCCAAUAACAGCAGCCUGAACCUGCCCACCUUUCUCCUGACCGGCAUUCCUGGGCUGGAGGAGAAGAACGCUUGGAUGGCCUUCCUCCUCUUUCUGCUCUGUGUCUCCGCCCUGCUUGGAAACAGCCUCCUUCUCUUUGUCAUCAAGACCGACCGAAGCCUCCACGAGCCCAUGUACAUCUUUCUUUCCAUCCUGGCCUGCUCAGAUCUGGGACUUUCCACGUCCACCUUCCCAACUAUGCUGAGCGUUUACUGGUUUGACUCCAAGGACAUCAGACUUAAUGCUUGCAUCACCCAAAUGUUCUUCAUCCAUGCCUUUCAAGUGUUGGAGUCUGGCAUUCUGGUGGCAAUGGCCUUGGACCGCCUGGUGGCCAUCCGUGAGCCACUGAGAUACCGAACGCUCCUCCCAAACACCAUCGUGGCAAAAAUAGGAGUAGCUGCUGCGGUUAGGUGUAUCUCUGUCUGCUUCCCGGUUCCCUUUCUGAUUAAACGUCUACGCUUCUGCAGAUCCAGGAGACUUUCUCAGACCUACUGUCUCCAUCCUGACGUGAUGAAGCUGGCCUGUGCGGACAUUAAAGUCAAUAUCCUGUAUGGGUUGAUUCUUCUGAUUUUGACGUUGGGGUUUGAUGUGGCCAUCAUCCUCACCUCCUACGUCAUGAUUUUAAAGGCGGUUCUUGCCAUUGCAUCCCGCCAAGGACGUCUCAAGGCUCUCAACACUUGUGCCUCCCACAUUUGUGCCAUCCUCAUUUUUUACGUCCCCAUGAUCGGCGUCAGUCUGCUCCAUCGGUAUGGGAAGCACCUGUCCCCCCUGGUCCACAGGCUGAUGGCCAACAUCUACACUGUGGUCCCUCCGCUCCUGAAUCCUGUCGUGUACGGCAUGAAGACCCAGCAGAUUCGUCAGAGAAUGUACAAUGUAUUCCAAAGAAGCAACACAGGAUUUUAUGGUAGGAAAUUCUGAAAGUAAGGAAAAAGGACUGGAUUGUGCUGAAUCUAAAAAAUUAUGGAAGAACAGAAUGCCAAAUAAAGUGUUUAUGGAAAAGGCUAUGGAAACUCAUCUGUUGUGACCACCAUUUCUUUCCUACAUGAGAGUCUGAUGGAGAAACGACCCCACAAUGUUGGGGAAGAAGCUUGGCGUUCUCUCCCCUCCCCUCCCCCCGCGUCUCAGCUUUUGGGGAACCAAACUAGCCUUGAAUCUAUUUCCCUGAUUCGCUGUGGGAUUUGAUUUGGUCUUGCAGCCCAUUUAAAGUCAACUUGAUGUUUUGGUCGCCACGAUAUAAAAAAGCUGUUGAGACUCUAGAAAGAGUGCAGAGAAGAGCAACAAAGAUGGUUAGGGGACUGGAGGCCAAAGCAUAUAAAAAAUGGUUGCUGUCAGCAGCGAGUUUAUUGGUCGCGCAAUAUUGGAAGAAAGAAGAUUUGCCUACAAUUGAAGAAUGGACACUUAAAGUAUCGAACUUAGCAGAAAUGGCAAAAAUUUCAGCGUAUUUGAAAGACUGUUCAUAAGAAAGAUAUAUAUUGGAAUGGAGAAGUUGGAUUGUUUAUAUUCAAAACAAAUAUCAGACUAAAAAGUAUCAAAUAGCAUAUGAGUGAUUGCAGGAAAUGCACUGUAUUAGUGCAUUAGAAAGGGGACUUAAGGUUGCAGAGGGGAGAGGAGAAGUUAUGGGUGAUGGUUUAUUGUCGUGUUUUAGCUUAUGAUUGUUAGAUGUAAUACCCUGUACU